AGUCAAGUUAUUGAACUUUUACAUUAAUAUUUCAUGGAUGUGUUCUGGAUAUGUAAUUAAAUAAUAAUUCAUACAAACACUAAUAUAAUCAUAAAUUCAUGUUCAAUGUAUAAUAAUAUUGAAAAAAUUACAUGUUAAAGUGCAUGAUAAUUUUUUCAUAGUAUAAUCAUUUAUUUUGAACAUAGCAUACUAGAAUACUUUAAAUUAAUUCUAUUUUGAUUAUUUUAACUAAUGUUAUGUUGUUAUAAAUUUUGUUUUUUUUAAUACCAUUAAAGGUGGACUGCAACUUACUAAGCUUACUGACUUUCUGGAGAUUCUUGUUUGAUGUAAGCUAUGGCGGAAGGAUCAGUGACCUUUUCGCUUAUGAAGCUUACCGACUUCCUGGAAAGAGAAGGUAGACUACUACUUGGAGUUCACGGGCAGGCCGAGUAUAUCUACGAUGAACUGGAGUUUAUGAAGGCUUUUCUAAGAGUUGCUGAUACGAUGGAGGAGUAUGAUGAAAUACUCAAGGUGCUCGUGAACAAAGUAAGAGUUGUUGCAUUUGAGAUGGAAGAUGCUCUCGACGACUUCAAGCUGCGAGUUGCAAAUGACUAUGGACGUGGGUACUAUGCAUCGCUCCAGAAAGCCUGCCACUUUGUCAGGUUCUUAACAGCUCGACAUCAGAUUGCUUCGAGGAUGCGGCACAUCAAAUCUAGAGUGAAAAAUGUUGCAGAAUCACACCGAAGAUACCUCAACAAAAACAAUAUAAUGGAGCAAGGCUCUAGCUCCACCAGCGCGAUGCACUUAGCCAGAAGAGGAGAUGCCCUUCUGCUUGAAGAUGCUGAUCUGGUUGGAAUCGAAGAGCCAAAGAGGCAGCUUAUCAAAUGGCUGGUUGGAGGCAAAUCUGAACGUGAGAUGGUAUCAGUCACCGGGAUGGGUGGUGCUGGAAAGACGACAUUGACAAAGAAGGUGUAUGAUGAUGCAGAUGUGAAGAAACACUUCAAAUUCUGUGUUUGGAUCACUCUCUCUCCACACUUAAUGAUGGACGAUGUGUUGAAGGAUGUGAUUCAACAGCUAUUCCUCAUCCUGAGGAAGCCAAAGCCUCCCGGGAUGGACAGCAUGGACCACAACAAGCUGCGUGCAAUGAUCAGUCGAUUCCUUCGGAAGAGGAGGUACCUUAUCGUGCUGGAUGAUGUGUGGCAUUCACAUUCUUGGGAAGCUCUUGAACAUGCAUUGCCAAAUAACAACUUUGGCAGCAGAAUAUUGCUGACAACACGUAAUACCGAGGUUGCCUCCACUUUGUGCAUAGAUUCACUUGAUAAAGUUUUUGAACUGAAUUCAUUAUCUGCAGAAGAGUCAUGGACUUUGUUCUGCAAGAAGACGUUCCGGAUCAGGACAUGCCCACCACAUUUGAAAAUAGUUGCAGAGAAAAUCAUGCACAGAUGUGAAGGGUUGCCACUUGCCAUUGUUGCAAUCAGUGGUGUUCUUGCUACGAAGGAUGUUAGUCGUAUUGAUGAAUGGGAAAUGGUAUACCGCAGCCUUGCUGCUGAACUCGAAGACAACAACAAACUAAGGAGUGCAACAAGAAUCCUUUCACUCAGUUACAGUGAUCUACCUUUCCACCUCAAGUCCUGCCUGCUCUACUUCAGCAUAUUUCCUCCAGGUACUCCUAUUAAUAACCGGAGACUCAUUCGGUUGUUCAUAGCUGAAGGCUUUAUGAAGGCAAAAGAAGGAAUGGCGCUAGAGGAAGUAGCAGAGGACUGUCUCCAGGAGCUCAGAAAAAGGAGCUUGCUCCAAGUGGUGAAAGCUAGCCCGGAUGGAAGGGUAAAAAGUUGUCGCAUCCAUGAUCUUCUUCGUGAGAUCAUCAUCUUGAAGUCGAGGGAACAAGACUUUGCAGCUAUAGUCAAGGAAGAAAAUUUGGGAUUCCCCGAGAAGGUCCGUCGUCUAUCGAUACAGAAUGUGACUCCAAAUAUAACAAGGAAAGUGUACAUUGACUCUAAACUACGGUCAUUGCUCAUGUUCUGGUGCCUAGACUCCUCUUCAACUAAACCGUCAAUACCUGCUUUAUCUUCAAGCCGCCUGAGGUUGCUCAAUGUGUUGGAUUUGGAAGGAGCUCCUUUGGAGGAAUUUCCAUCUCAGAUUGUCGGCCUUCGCCUUCUAAAGUACCUGAGUUUGAGGCACACCAUGGUGGAUCGCAUUCCAAGUUCAAUUGGCAAACUUCAAAACCUUGAGACGUUGGACUUGAAGCAUACAAAGGUCACUGAACUGCCAGCUGGAAUUCUGAAGCUCCGGAAGAUAUCCCACCUGCUCGUAUAUUUUUACGAAAUGGAAGCAGACAAUUUCAUUAAAACCAAAUAUGGGUUUAAGGCCCCUUGUCAUAUAGGAUGUUUGCACUCCCUACACAGGCUUUCUCUGCUAGACGCAAAGCACUGCGAUGGCACUCUGAUGUUAGAGGUUGGAAAGUUGACUCAGUUGAGAAGGUUGGGGAUCUUAAACCUCAAGAUGGCUGAUGGCAAGACACUUUGCUCUUCCCUCGAGAAAUUGAUCAAUCUCCGUGCAUUGUCACUGAACUCAGACGAUUCUGAGGUCAUCGACAUGGAGUAUCUCAGAAAUCCUCCUCCGCUUCUGCAACGACUAUACUUGGCAGGGUGUUUAAAGAAGUUACCCGAAUGGCUAUCAACCGUUGAUAGUUUGGUCACAUUGGUUCUGAAAUGGAGCCGAUUACAUGACGAUCCAUCUGAAGCCCUCCAACAUUUGCCAAACUUAGUACACCUCGAACUAAUCCAGGUGUAUGAUGGAGAAGCGAUGUGUUUUCAAGCUAACGGGUUCCCAAGGCUGAAGCUUUUGGCCCUAAACAAUUUGGAGAGGCUUAAUACUAUCACAGUGGAGAAAGGAGCCAUGCCUCGUCUUGAAAAGCUGGUAGUUCAGAGCUGCAAAUCAUUGCAGCGAGUACCACAGGGCAUUCGACACUUGACCGAGUUGAAAGUCCUUGAGUUCUUCGACAUGCCUAGGGAGUUUGUUAUGAUGUUGCAUCCUAACGGACAAGUAAGCAACAACAUACAAAGAUCAUCAUCAUCAUCGAGCUUCGAGUGCCGGGUGGAUUGGAGUUGGAGGAACCUGUGCUUGCUCAGGCUAGGCACUCCGACAUCAACACUGCUACAGUUUAGCCUCCAGAAGCUACUCGUUGACUGUUGCUUGUUGCUGAAGAAAGUGCCUUUCAGAAUGUAUCGAGGUAAGCCUGGAGUCGAUAGCGAUGACUAUAAGAAGGUUCAACACAUUCCUGAAGUUUACUGCACGUAUCAGACCGAAGGGAACUGGGAUGCUUACAGGGUGGACAGCAUUGGAAGGGCGAAAUGCUUCGAGGAAGAACCGAUGGAGAUACGCGAUUAUGAGUGGAAACUCUGAUUGUUUCUGUGUGUUUGUUUAGUUUUCAUGGUUGUGAAUUGUUCCCUAUAUACUAAUGUGAUGAUCUUUAUAUAAUUAUGCCUGUCAUUUGUAGAGCUUAUGUCUGAAGUUCUGGUCUUGUUAAGAUAGUUCCAUGCACAUGGUGUUCAAGAAUAAGGAUGGCUGGUGAUUUAGAUAUAAUUAUCAUUACUGUUUGUGUGUAUUAUAGUGUAAUUGUAUCAUUUCAGUAUAUGAAUGUACAACGAUAAUUUUAGUUCAAGGACUUAAACUAGUACAUUAUAAGGAUUUGGUCACCGAAGCGUCAAUUUGUCAUGUUGAAGCCAAAGGUAGCGUAUUAUGAAUGAUCUUUUGUCAUUUUGUGAUCAGCUUUAAAAGUUUUCUUGGUUCAAUAAGGUUUCCCUCUUGAACUAAAUGGUAGGCUACGGGAUCGGAAUAGUGAGGUUUAGAAUGCACCAUGUUGAUUCCUUAUGGAUCUUUCCAGCAGAAUCGAGAUAUCUGUGCGAGAAUAAUCUUAACUUCCUUGAUGAAUUUACGCUCUAUGCUUCCGGUGCUUGAUCUUUGAAGAACUUGUAGUAUGUUGAUAAUUUUGUUGUUAGCUUUUUUUGAUAAAAAAUUAUGUUGUUUGCUUGGUUAUACACUGAAUGGUGUCCCAACUCAAGCUGAAUGUGAUCGACAUUGAUAUUGUUUUCAUGGGGUACUCUUUCCUCUAUGCUGGUUCAUGUUCGGUAAGCCUGUUCUUGUUGUUUCUACAUGAUAGCUGAGGAAAAUCCAACUUGAUGAUGGUGUGGUGAUAGAUAUAACCCUAGAGAAAAUGAAUGGCCAAAGUGGUUAUGUACCGGCGACUUAUAUUCCAUUGGGACAAUCGGAUUCUGAACCAGAGAAUGUUCCACUAGCCAAGGCAGAAAAUCAUGCUCCUCGUUCUCAAUUCGUGGGUGAUAGACCAACAAGGUGGUCAUCUGGAAUCUGUGCUUGUGGUGAUGAUACACCGAGCUGUAUGCUACUUUCUGCCUUCUGACCUUUGAUAUAUUAGAAUCAAAGUGCAUAAAAGUGCUUGAUAAUUUUGGGUCAAAAUGUUUGUCUUGUUUUCUUUUUGGUCCUAAUCAAUUGCUUUAGUUUUAAGGGGAAAGUAAUUGGAUGGAAAUGGAGGCUCCAGUAUCCUGAAUAACCAUUUAUUUUCAUUGUCUUAGUCAAACAUAGGGAAGUUCUGGAGCUUGCUAGUCAGGUUUGUAAUUACUAGUAUGAUGGAGAUAUCCGAUAAAAUAUAGCUACAAAUAGUCUUGGUUAUUGUUUACGACGACAUUAUGUGAUGUUGUCAAAAUAUCAGCAUGUUUUGUGUGCAACUUGUCUGCAACUGCAGGCAUGGUAUAUGAUUUUUCGGGUGCUCUUGGAGAAAGCACAUGAUAUUCUAAACACACUUUUGGGCUCUGGUGCAGAAAAAGCAGAAAUUCAGUUGGGUUCGGACUUCGGAUAUAGAAAGUCAUUUGCAUUUCUGUAUAUUUCUUGUUUUGGCAUGGUCCUAGUUUGUUUGUCUCUCUCUCUCUUCUGAUUUAUAUGUUUCCCAGUUUCGCAUAGGACCAGCAACUGCUAUGGCAAGUGGCAUGGAUAAAUUUCCAAAUGUGCUUGUUCUAUGUAUCUGAUGUAUAAACAUUGACUUGUCGAGGCAUUGGUAAAGGGAACUAGGACGUUGUCUAACCAAAACCUUCAGUGUUUAAUCAGCUAUUAGUAAAUUGUUCUUUGAAUU